UCUUCUUCUUCCUCAAUGAGCUCGUUCUCUCGCGAAUUCGGCCCUCGGCGACCGCCGCUCGACCCGAAGCUCCUGCUCGCCGCCCUUUGGGCCGCCGCCGUGGUGCUCGCCUCCCCGCGCCAUGGAGCCGCCCAUGGGGCCGCCAACACGACGGUGCCGGCGGCCUUCGCGUUCGGGGACUCCAUCGUGGACCCGGGGAACAACAACGGCCUGGCGACCGUGGCCAAGUGCAACUUCCCGCCCUACGGCCGGGAUCUCGACCCGGGGGUGCCGAUCGGCCGGUUCAGCAACGGCCGUGUCCCUUCCGACAUGUUGGCCGAGAAAUUGGGAGUUAAGAAGCUCUUGCCAGCUUAUAUGGAUCCAAAUCUGGAGCUCCAAGACCUCCUCACCGGCGUGAGCUUCGCCUCCGGAGCUAACGGAUACGAUCCGCUCUCUGCCGAAGCAGCGUUGGUACUGUCCUUGUCGGAUCAGUUGGAUCUCUACUCCGAGUACAUGGAAACUGUGCGUUCGGAGGUCGGGGAGGAGCGAGCGUCAGCCAUCGCGUCCGAGAGCUUCUACAUAGUGUGCACCGGCGCCAACGACAUAACCAACACUUACUUCACGAUGCCGUUGAGAAGAUCCGAGUACGACGUCUCGUCCUACACCGAUCUCAUGGUCGGCUCGGCUUCGAGUUUCCUUCAGGAGCUGUACGGACUAGGAGCAAGGAGAAUUGGGGUGGCCAGCCUGCCGCCGGUAGGGUGCCUCCCGUCGCAGAGGACGCUGCACGGAGGCUUCGAGAGGCACUGCUUCGAUGCGGCCAACGAAGCGGCCGUCCAAUUCAACUCCAAGCUCUGCUCCGAGAUCGCCUCCCUCAACGAGGACCUCCCCGGCGCUAGGCUCGUGUACAUCGACAUUUACUACCCUUUGCUCGCCAUGAUCCAAGACCCUGCUCGAUUCGGGUUCGAAGUCUCGACGGAAGGGUGCUGCGGCACGGGGAACAUAGAGGUGAGCUACCUCUGCAACCGUCUCGAUCACCCCGCCAUGUGCGCCGACGACACCAAGUACGUGUUCUGGGACAGCUUCCAUCCCACCGAGGCAGCCUACCGGGCUCUCGCCGAUCAGAUUUUCAGCAAGUACGUUCACGAGUUGCUCUGAGAUCAUGAUCAAUGCCGGUCGUGUGGGGUUCGCCCAAGAGGGAAGGAGUGACAGACAUUGGCCUCUUUUUUUGCCUCAACAAUGCAUUCCAAUCUUUUCCCCCAACACGAUUUGGAAUCGCUCUCUUUCCUAUUGCCGUAAUCGCAUGGUUUUGCAACUCAAUUUUCAAUCCCGGGGUUCUUUCAAUUUCGUGACCCGAGGAAGAUUAACAUGAUAUAAAGGGCGCGUUCGUUUCGCGGAAAAUAAUGG